AUGGCGGACGAAGCACAAAAUGAGAUGAAGGAGGAGAUUCCAGAAAUUGUACCUUUUGACCCUACCAAGAAGAAGAAGAAAAAGAAAAUUACUAUUGUUGAUCCUGCUGAUGACUCGGUGGACAAAUUGGCUGAGAAGACAGAAAAUCUCGCUGUUUCUGAUGGGGUUGAGGCUGCAUUUACUGGUUUGAAAAAGAAGAAGAAGAAGGCUGUUGAAAUCAGUAACUUCAAUGAUGAUAGUGGAGAUGCAACUGAAGAUUUGGAUGAUCAUGCUGAAGAUGAUGAAGGAGAAGCGGUUGCUCCGCAGGCUCGCUACCCUUGGGAAGGGAGCGAUCGUGAUUAUGAGUAUGAGGAGCUUCUUGGCAGGGUUUUUAACAUUCUACGUGAGAAUAAUCCUGAACUUGCUGGAGAUCGGCGAAGGACAGUUAUGAGGCCUCCACAAGUUCUACGUGAAGGCACAAAGAAAACUGUGUUUGUGAAUUUUAUGGAUCUAUGCAAAACGAUGCAUCGGCAGCCAGACCAUGUCAUGGCUUUCUUGCUUGCUGAAUUGGGUACAAGUGGCUCCCUUGAUGGACAGCAGAGAUUGGUUGUGAAGGGAAGGUUUGCACCAAAGAACUUUGAAGGAAUUUUGCGACGAUAUGUCAAUGAAUAUGUCAUUUGCCUUGGAUGCAAGAGCCCAGACACUAUACUUACCAAGGAGAAUCGUCUGUUCUUUCUUCGGUGUGAGAAGUGUGGGUCAGGAAGAUCGGUUGCUCCAAUCAAGGCUGGUUUUGUUGCUCGUGUUGGCCGAAGGAACACCGGGACAUGA